CCGCAUUCACAAUGUAUAACCUACUUGGACAGCGCAACGGAACCUUCAACAAGCAUAGCCUCUCGUGCCCAUCCCGGGUAAAUUUCUUCAUAACCAGCGGUAUCAACUUCGCUGUGGUCGUGGUUUGCCUCUGUAGCUUUAGACGCCACGCUCAAAGGAAUGACUCUUGGCUGGCCGCCUCGCAUUGCUUUACAUUGGCGGCUUCCAUAAUCUCGGUUUGUCCUCUGUAUCGAAUUCUCUUUAAAAGUCAUGCCGGCCAAUGCAAAUGCAUGAAUGAUGCGCAGCCUCCUGUUGUUGCGGAAUGAUUGCGGUCAGGCGGACCGUAGAUCAUCAGGCGUGGGAAGUCGUUAACUUGACGAGUGGUGUCAUGACAAUAUUACAC